AUGACACCAUAUUUAUCUUUAUAUUUACAAAGUAGUAUUAUUAGAUUUGUGACCUUAUCAAACCAACAUGAAUACAAAGACACUUAUAAAGGAAGUGAAUAUUGGUAUAUCAUUUUUAAUGGAGAAAAGAGAAUACAGACACCAAUCACAUUUAGUAUGGUAGACAUUGCAUUGGUUUCAAAGUGGUGGUUUAAAGUGGUUAAACAGAAUACAUCAUCCAUAUUUAUGAGAGGUCAUUUAAAAAAGCAGAUACUCAAAUCAAUUCAUCAUUCUAGAAAUCACUCAAUCUAUUCAUCAAAAAAUAUACAAACACUAAAAUGGACAUUGAAUAAUAAAUAUCUUUGUAAUGAUUCAGAAUUGGACUAUAAGGAACAAUUACUACAACUACUACCUCAACUACAAACAAUUAACCUUUUAUUCGAUGGUACUGUGAACAAUCAAGUUUUGAGAGCAUUAAAGUCAAUUCAAAAACAUCGUCAAGACAUUGUGAUCAACAUUGAAUUUGAUACCAAUGGAGAAUACUAUGAUGGAGACAGUAAAAUGGAGUGGCCAUUUUAUUUAGAUGGGUUCACCCCCAACACAGUCUCUUUAUCAAUCAUCAAAUUGAAUCCAGAUGAAUUUAGUUAUUACUCUGACAAAUUUAUCAAUAAAAUCAAUGAUCUUCAACCAGAAUCACUCAAUAUGUAUAUUAACCGUGACGAUGAAUAUCAACAUUACAAUUAUGGUAAAAUAUUCAAUCAUCUCAAAAUGGUCAAGCAUGUCAAUAUUGGUGAGGAUGAUGUCGAUUUGGGUCACUUGAAAUAUUUAUUCUCAUGUUCUACCCGAUUGGAAUCACUUAAACUCGAUUUAUUGUCAACUGCUUUGGUUGGAACUGGUUCAAAUUUUGUUGAUUGGAUUGAAUUUUGUGAAAACAUUGCUGACACUCCAACACUCAAACGAUUACAUCUAUGUGAAUACUCUGGGGCAAAAAAGGUGGUCGUACCUACAAUAUUACAAGGAAAAAAAAGCUUAUUUCAGAUGGCAUUUGAAUCUAUCUGGAGUCGAAAAGAGAUUCAUUCAUCAAACAUUGAAUAUCUGGCAUUGGAACAUAUGCCCAACUUGAUGUCUUCCAAUAUGUGGAAUACACUUUGCCAAGUCAAUUGUCACAACAUCACCAAACUAUUAUUGACAAAUGGAACAGUUCCAAAGGAUAUGGUUCCAUCUCUCUCACGUCUAAUUCCACCAACACAACGAUUACAGUUCUAUCAAUCAAUGGAAACAAGUUGA